AAAAGAGUAACUCUGACGCGACACGUAAACUUCGAUCUAAGUCAGCCAAGUAGAUCUAGAUCUAGAUCUAGUAUCAUAUAGAUCUACUCUAUAGAUUUAGAUCUAAUCUAGAUCUCAAAUUUAUUUCCUCCUAGAUAUAGCCUAAUCUAUUUAAGACUUCUAGAUCUGAUCACAAUUCUCGGAUAUUAUGGAGACACUCUAUCACCAAACGAAUCAUCUCUUACAACAGGUGCAUGGAGACCUGGCCAACUUAGAGCGUGCACUAGGCACCAGUGAUGUGCACCAGAAAGAGAAUGAAUUACAGGUGCACAUUGAUCGUAUAUUUAGCAACUGUGAGCGCUUAGACAUACUGGUGAUGAAGGAGCCAGUAGCCAGACGUGCCAAUGCCAAGAUGAGAGUGGAUCAACUUAAGUACGACUGUCAACACUUGCAGAGCUCAAUGCGCCAACUGCAACACAAAAGAUAUAUGAAAGAGCAGGAAGAAUAUGAGCGGGAGUCGUUGCUUUCUAGAAAAUUCACCACCAAUGAACAGGACACAGCCAUAACAAUUGACCCAGCCCUCCAGCACCACACCAAGCUGAACGAAUCCAGCAAGCAGAUGGACAAUUUGCUCGGCCACGGGGGUAGCAUCCUCACAAGCCUCAGGGAUCAGCGUGUGACCCUAAAAGGGGCCCACCGCCGGCUCCUGGACAUCACAAACACUCUUGGACUCACAAACACAGUCAUGAGGUUGAUAGAGAAGAGGACAAGUCAGGAUAAGAUAAUCAUGGUGGUGUGCAUGCUGAUAUGCUGCUUAGUUAUGUACCUUGUCUGGAAAUAUUUUACGUAAUCCACAUAGUUAAUUAGCAUUAUAUAAAUAUACAUUGUUAUUGUUAUUCCGGUACCCAAAUCACCAGUUUAACAUUCUAAGGGAAGUAAUUCUCUGAAAGAUUACUAAGAGGGAACAAUCGCCACCGACUUGAAAGAUUGUUUUGAAAAAAAAUCUUCAUAGCAGACUUUUUUAUGUAGUUGACGUUUUUAGGUCUUUUA